CAUGUCGGCUGGUCACAGGUUGCUGUAACAGGCCGGCGGUUGUAGCAGCUUCGUUUAUGAUUACGCUAUCCCGACUUUUGUCAUAAUAGAUAGCAAUUUUCGUGGAUUCGUUCACACCUUACGCGCUUGUGAAAGCAAGGAUCGUCAGUACAAGCCACAUGUCGUCAUCCUUGACCACCUGGGCUACGCUACGGAGGGCAAGUGGUCUUCGCAAGCUUCUGCAGAAGUCUCGAGUUCCAUGUGGUAGUCUAACGCUGCGGCAUUACACGCCCCGUCGUGCCGUCCUCUAUGUGCCAGGCAGCGAUGAGAGAAAGAUAACGAAGGCGUUCGGCCUAGAUGCUGACUGCAUGGUGCUGGACUGUGAGGAUGGCGUGGCAGCCAAUAAGAAGAAAGAAGCACGUGAGACAGUGGCUCGUGUGCUGGACAAAGGGGAGAGGCCACAGGGAUGCAGAGACCUGGCGGUGCGCAUCAAUGCUGUAAGCACGGGCCUUGCAGAGGAUGACAUUCGAUGCCUCCUGGGCGCUUCUCAUCUACCCAACACGAUGUUGGUGCCUAAAGUGGAAGAGAUCAAGCAACUAGACUGGGUGAGGGACCAGGUGGAACGGGCUCUAGGCGAGCGGCAGCAUCGACUCGAGCUCAUCGUGUGCAUCGAGACAGCACUGGGCCUGCUAAACUGCCACCAGCUGCUCCAGCAUGCCUCUUCCAUGACUCACGGCCGCCUGCAGAUGGCUGGCCUGUUGUUUGGUUCGGACGACUUCACGGCCAGUAUAGGGGCUCGUCGCACACCGGAAGCUACGGAAGUGCUGAUGGCGCGUCAGCAGCUGGUGGUGUUGGCGAAGGCAUACGGUCUCCAGGCUGUUGACAUGGUCACAAUAGACUUGAAAAAUGAAGAGUUGCUGCGACGGCAAUGUGCAGAGGGGGCGGCCAUGGGGUUUACAGGCAAGCAGGUUAUCCACCCGUCGCAGAUUGCACCAACCCAGGAGGCCUUUGCCCCAACUCCUGCUCAACUCGACAGAGCACGGCGCCUCGUCGAGGAAUUUCACCAGCACCAACGACAAGGAAAGGGGGCAUUUGUGUUCGAAGGCAGCAUGAUCGACAUGCCCAGUGUGCGACAAGCACUCAACAUUGUGGAAGCAGACCAAGCUAUUUAUGGCAAGCCUUCCUAAAGCAAAUAAAGAAAGCUUUAUGUUUGUGUAAACCCUCCA